GCGCCGGCAUCGUCUACGCCGCCUGUGCCCCCAUCUACAUCAUCUACCCCGCCAGCUGCGGUGUCUGCCCCUCAACUACGCGACGGCACCGUCGCUGAUGUCAUUAUGCUUGAUGAAGACGGUUGGCCGGACUGGCUGCGCGCUGGCUUCGACCACAUGGAGUCCAAGCAACUUGGUAAGCCCUUCGUACGUGCUCUGGAAUGGUGGACCGUGUUGGAGAGGGCAUACGACUUUGCAACAUCGGUAAGUUGCGGUCUCUCCGCGAAAGGGCGCCCGAGCGAAGUCGGCGACUGGCUUCGCAUCCAAAGACGCGAGUUGGACAAGUUCCCUAUUAUCAAGAACGAGUCUGCCUACAUGACCUCAUGGUGGAAGUGGUGGAGCGGUAUCCAGCCGGAAUGGCGCCGUCAGGCUGGUCAAGGACGUCCAGCCAUUGGCGGCGAUGGCGACUGGGAGUGCCUCACGAAUCCAGGGAAGAACGGCAUGUUUAUCGUGCUGAUAUCUCUUGUUUGGUGGCGAGAGCAGGCUACCGCACAGACCUUGGACGACUGGGCAGCCGCAGUAGCCGAUGUUGAGUGGGUCAUAGCCAGCAUG